UGCUAAGGGAAGUUGGAAAAAAAAACAACAUGGCGGAUUAAAGCGAUCACUUCUGGUACUUUUGAUGAUAUUUUGAAGUGUUGCAGAAGUUUGAGUGAAUGAUCCUGCGGGAAAUGUUGUGAAAAUGGACUUCAGAGCAGAGAAGUGACCAACCGGUGAUUGUUGACAUGUGACAUGAAGUGGGAUCUGAUUUAAAAAUUUACAUCAGAAAUGCACAGAAUCAGAUCCUGGAUUAAAUAAUCCGGUUUUUCGUCUGUCAUGUGAACUCGAGUGAACUGGAUUCUUCAGAUCCUCAUUCAGAUGUGAGACUUACUGAUGUGUAACUCGGACAGAGAGCUGGUUGAAGAUGUGUUGUCCCUGAGAAAUCAGUUGAGAACAACUGAGAGGAAUCUCCAGGCUCUGGGAGAACAGCUGAGCAAGUCAGAAAAUGACAGCAUCACGGAGCAGGAAAACGCGUGCGGAUCAGACGGCUACCCAGGUCACGUCACCACUGAAAAUCUCCACAAACCCUGCUCUGUGAAAGCUUCAUCUUAUCCUCCAGGAAGGUCCAGCACUCCGAAGCCAGUGUGUGUUUUCCAGCAGCCCCCAUCAGACACCGACAUGCAGAACGAGGUGGGUCUGCUCAGGAGGAAGCUCAGCAUGGUGAGGGAGGAGAACUCGUCUCUGGUGCUGGAGAACAGGCAGUUGAUCAGCGACCUGGAAAACGCGCAGCUCGAGAUCGCCAGCUCCAGAUCUAAGAUGCGUGCUCUCGGGUCCACCAUCGGCGCGAAGACCUCCAGCGUCUCCAUUAUGAACGAACAAAUUCUCGACUUGGAGGCGCAGCUAGAAGCUCAAGCCACGGCGUUACGGGAAGCGGAGCUGAAGCGUGCGGCGAGCGAACAGAGCGCACUGCAGUGCAGCAGAACGGUGGAUAAACUCAAAGAAGAUCUGAACGCGCUGAGGUCGGAGCUGUGUAAUGGAACUCGGCAGUGGAAGCGGACUGAGCAGCAGAGGAACCAGGCUCUCCGAAACGCAGAGAGAAUCAGCGUGGCUUUCAAGGAGUACAAAGCGGACAUUGCUGAAAAGUUGAAGAAGGUGAUGGAGAACGAGGGCAAGUUGAAGGCGAGUCUGGUCGAGUGUGACCGGGAAAGAGAGGACCUGGAGAAAAGGUGCACGGAGCUGGAGAGAGACAUGGAGAGGACGAGUCACAGCCUGAGUAAAGAGCUGAAGGAGGUGCAAGUCCGUGCCGAGGCUCUCUCCACCGAGCGUCAGGAGCUGCAGGGUCGAGUCCAGUGGGCGUCUGAGCAGCUGAGUCGGCUGCAGAAAGAGCUGGGGCAGAAGGAGACGCAGCUGGAGGAGAUGGAAGGACUCCGGAGGGAGAGGGAGGACCUGCGACUCCUCACGGCAUGUCAGGAACAAAGGCUCGUUCAGACUCGCAGUGAGGUGGAGCAGGCCAGAGCAGAGCUGGCCAGUCUGGAGAACGUUCUGGACAUGCUGCAUCUCAGAGAGAAUCGAGAUGGAGAGUUUUGUGUGAAUCCCUGCAUUUUACCUUCACUGACUUUCACCUCCAUCACAGAGAAUCUCCAACACAAGCCAGGUGAACGCUAUCAGAAGCUGCUGGUGGCGCUGCAGAGCCUGGAGAAGGAGAAGGCGAGGCAGGCGAGCGCCACCCAGAACCUGCAGGAGAGGCUGAGCCGAGCGCAGAACGAGAUCUCAUCCCUCCAGACCUCCAUCACUCAGAGAGCUUCCCACUACCAACAGCUACACAACCAGCUGCUGGAUAAAGCUGCCCAGGCCACCACGCUGGAGAAGGAGCUGAAGAAGAAGAACUCGCGUGUGGUGGUGCUGGAGAAACAGCUGCAGGAGAAAAGUGCUGCGUACUCACAAGCUGCUAUUAAAACCAGCCAGCUGGAGCAGGAGAUCAUGGAAAAGGACAGCAGCAUCCAUCACUACCAGUCGCUUCUGAAGAAGAAGCAGAGGGAACAUCAGCAGGCCCUGGAGACCUCCAAGAUGGCCGAGGCUCACAGGUGCAGGGAACUGGAGGACAGGAUGGAGGUGUUGCAGUUGUCUCUGGCUCAGAGUCAGGCUGAAGUCACGGAGUUCAAGCAGACCGUGUCCCAGAUCCAAUCGGAGAAGCAGGAAGUGGAACACCAGGCCGUGUUACUGCAGGCGUCCGUGGAUCAGCUCACGCAGGAAAUAGAGAUGCAGGAGAAGCGGAGUGAAGAAGCAGGACGGGUUUUUGAAGAGCGAGCUUUCGAGUCGGCUUCGAAGAUGAAGCUGAUGGAGUCGGAGCUGUCGUGCUGUAAGGAGGAGCUGAGGGAGGGUCUGCAGCAGAUCCAGAAGGUCAAGCAGCAGUACGAGAAGCAGCUGGAGCUGAAGAACUCUGAGUUGUCAGUUCUCCAGGAGGCAUUGAGGAGCAGAGCGCUGGCCUGCUCCAGCUCCAGCGAGGAGAACCUGCAGCUGCAACGCUCCAUGCAGAGACAGCAGGCCAUGCUGCAGGAAAGCACUAGCCGCAUCGCACAGCUCGAGGACUGCCAGAUUCACCUGCAGAACCAGGUUUCUCAGCUGGAGCAGGAUCUGGAGAGGGAACGCACCACCUCAUCGCAGCAGCUCAGGAGAAAUCAGGCGGAGGUGGAGGACGCCAAGCAGGAGGUGCAGAAGAAGGAUAGGCAGAAUGCUGAACUCUCCGCUUCCAUAAUGAAGCUGAGCUCCGAGAUGAACGCAUGCAGAGAGGAGCUUACAGAAAUGGAGAAGGAGCUUCUGCAGCUGAGGAGGGACAGCAACGCGAAAGCUACGCAGCUCAGUGAGAUGGAGGAGACGCUGCAGGAGACCAGGGGCAUGCUGGAUAAGAAGAGUGACAUGGUGCUGGACCUGGAGGAGAAGCUCCACCGGAGCGAGAUGGACCGGCGGAACUCUCUGCAGAAGGCCCAUCUGCUGGAGGAACAGUUAAGCACGGUACGUGGUGAGCUGGCGGACACGCUCGGACACCUGGAGGAGCUGAGGGACGUGCUGCAGAGGACCCAGCUCACUGCCGACCAGCGGCACAACACCAUCCAGCAGCUCACCGCAGAGCUCAGGGAAAGCCAGCGAGAGCUUGAAGAAAGAAAUCAUGAGGUGUUGGACAUGGACACUGCGCUAAAGGAGAGACAGGGGGAACUUCAGCAGAGGGCAGAAGUGCUCGGACAUCUGGAUGUGGUCAUUAAGGAGCACAAACUGGAGAUGGAGAGGAAGGUGGAACAUCUGCAGGGCGUGCUGGAGAAGACCGAGAGAAAGCUCAAAGAAAAAGAUGAACAGGUGGGGUUUCUGACCGAGAGGCUGGACUUGGUGAAAUCCCAGCUCCAGGGGAAGGAGGAUCUGGAAAAGAGUACGCUGGAGCUCGGCCAGCAGCUGCGUGUGUGUCGAGAGCAGCUCCAGAAGAGUGCACAAGACCUGAGGGACGCACACACUCGCUGCGACGCUCUGAGUGCACAGCUGGACAACGUCACACACCGCAAGGAGACUGACGUGCAGCAGCUGCACGAGCAGCUCCGUGUGGUUGAGAAGCGGCGGCUGCAGGGUGAAGCUCAGCUGCAGGCCACAGUCACUGAACUCCAGCACGAACUGGAACAGCAAAAAGCAGAACACAGCAGAGAGGUCUCGGCUCUUCAGCAGACCCGCGGGCAGCUCCUGAAGGUCUCCGAUCAGAUCUCGCUCAGCCUCCGGAGCUCUGAGGAGCAGCUGGAGAAAUCUCGCUCCGACGCCGUGGCGCUCCACACGCAGCUCCGCUCCACGCGGCAGCUCCUGCAGCACGCUAAUGAAACGCUGCUCAUCAAGGAAUCGGAGAUCGCACGUCUUCAAGCGAAGAUCUCAAGCCUGGAGAGAGCCUCCGAGCUUCGCAGCUCCACGCUCCAUCACGACUCCAGGACUUUCCCUCCGCUCUCUCCUCCUCUCAAAGACCCGUCACCUUGUUUUCCCGCUCCCCUCAGUGACCCCAUCGGCCGCUCCAGCAUCUCCCGUACAUCGUGGACGGAAGCCUCCUCAGACACCUCGCUGGAGCUCUCUGAGAGUCUCAAAGCCAGUGUGAAGGCAGCGCUGAAGCCUCAGAGUUCUCCACCGAGCAGCUGGCAGGGUCUUCACCCAGAGCUCUCCUCCAGCUCAGACAUGACCUUCAACCCUCUUACAUACAUGUUAGACGCAGAGGAACCCGAGGAACCGGACAUGGACUCCCUGUCAGGCAUGCUGAGGUUCGUUAAUCAGACUUUGGCUCUGCAGGAACAACAUUCUGACACACACAUGCAGGGAAGUACACACCCAGAGGCCAGCUAGAACAUCUCAAAUGCAGGUUGACCCUCAAGAUAACUCAGUUCUUAGUGGUUUCUUAAGAGGCUCCUGUUUGUUUGUUUGUUAUUUUUGAAGAUGGUAUGGUUUUAAAAGGAACUCAUCAUAACAGGAAACGACACUUCCAAGAUGGUUAUCAGAUCUUUUCAGAUUUUAGAUCAUUUCUGAAGGAUGCAUUUUCUGUCCAUCUCAUGAUCUGCUUUUCUUUUGUUGGACUUGCAGUAAAACCAGUCCUGAUAA